AUGCCUCGUGGUCAUAGUGGUAUGGUCGUAGCAAUUUCCAUCCCCGUUUUAGCUCUCUCUGGUACGUUUCUGGUGCCUUUGUUGAUGCAAAGAUGGUAUGGAAUAGACGAUCUAGAAUCGUAUUUGAAUUCCCACAAAAAGUCAGGUUUGAAGCAAUUUUUUCGCAAAUAUUACAAUAUGGUGACUAGUUUAAAGGCCUCAUGGAUGGGAAAACAUGUAUUACGUUUCAAGCCGGAACACGGUGGCCAGGUGAAAGAACUCAUUAUCUACCCCAUAAAGUCCAUAUCCCAAGGCCUUCAUGUAAAGUCGUGGGAGGUUAGUGCUCAUGGUCUGAAAUUCGAUAGACAAUUCAUGUUGGUGAGACAAAAUCCCAAGCAACUAGAUCAAUGGGUUGUGAUGAACCAUACUCAACAGUCUAAGCUGGGCAUAGUGAAGAUUGAGUUCAUCCGAAACGAGCAGUCUGAGGAACUAGAUGGUACCUUUGUUUUCACUUACCCUCUGAAACACGAAUCUGCGCCUGAAUUUGUUGGAAAGUCCUUCGCGUUGCCUGCGAAUGUGACUUCAGAAUAUUUAAAGUCGAUCACGGGAACUGACCAGGAGCACUUUCCAAUAAGACUAUGGUUGAAAGACAUGAAUGCCAUCGACCUUUCGGCUGCAUUGCCCGAAGACUUCGUUGAGCAGCUGGAAUUGCCACCAGAGACUAAAUUAGUUUACUCUAUGAGUGGUAAAAGUGUGGAUAUUAAUGCGCCUCUAAAAUUUGAGGAUAUAACGACAAAAAGAAUGACCCUAUUUCAUGACUACUACCCAGCCUUGAUGCUCUCUGAGGAAGAUAUCGAAGAUUUGCAGCAAAAGAUCUACUCGGCAGGAUCAAAAUUCAAAGUUGCGCCAGUGAGUUUUCGUCCAAAUAUUGUUCUGGAAAAUACUCCAAAAGCUUUCGACUCGGAUACAUGGUAUCAAUUCAAUAUCGUCCACACGGACCCCGAGACGAAGCUACAGACGAGGCGACUAUGGAGAGCGAGCCUCAAAUGUUUGAGGUGUAAUUUGCCAAAUAUUGAUUUAAGGACUGGAGAAUUUGAUCCCAAGGCUCUUGUGACCAAAUUGAUGGCCAAAUAUAGAAGGGUGGAUGAAGGAAGCCCGUAUGUCUCUUGCUUUGGUAUCUAUGUGACGCAAUUCGAUUCCGGCUAUACCAUUUCGGCCGGGGACAAGAUUGAAAUACUGCAGAGGAAGUCCCAGUAUGUGGAGGAAAAUCCUUUUGUUCCGUCGACGGUGCAGAAGAAAAGGCUAGCUAGUGACUAG